AGAAAUCGAAGAAGAGCAAAAGGGAGCUGAAAAAAUUGAAGAAACGCAAAAGUAUAAGCACUGUGGUUCCUCCUGUUGAGUCCAAAACCACUGAGUCUGACUGGUGGGACACUUUCUGGCGCAAGAAUUCUUCUUCAACCCCAGGUUAUAGAAUUGAUGGGCUUGUGUAUUUGAUAAUGCUUGUUGUGCAAAAACUCGUGGGCACUCAUAUUUUGAGGUGAUUUAAUGGUUUUAGUACUGUCACAACACAAGCUCAGACAUGUCUCAGAAAGGAAUGGGUAGCGUUUUAGGCACAAUCCUAGAGUGGAUUCUGGAGCGUAGUUCGGUACCCAGUGAUGAAGCAGAAGGUUUCAAGCAUUUCUUCAGGGUUUCAAAAAAUACCUUUGAAUAUAUCUGUUCUCUUGUAAGAGAAGAUCUUAUAUCAAGGCCACCGUCAGGGCUUAUCAACAUCGAGGGAAGACUUCUUAGUGUUGAGAAACAGGUUGCAAUCGCCUUGAGAAGGCUGGCCUCUGGUGAGUCCCAAGUCUCCGUGGGAGCUUCAUUUGGGGUUGGCCAGUCCACAGUUUCUCAGGUGACUUGGAGAUUCAUUGAAGCACUAGAAGAACGUGCCAAACAUCAUCUCAAGUGGCCUGAUUCCAAUAGAAUGGAGGAAGUCAAGUCCAAAUUUGAAGUGUCUUUUGGGAUGCCUAAUUGUUGUGGAGCCAUUGAUGCAACACACAUCAUCAUGACCCUUCCCGCUGUACAGACCUCUGAUGAUUGGUGUGAUCCAGAGAAUAACUACAGCAUGCUAUUGCAGGGAAUUGUUGACCACGAAAUGAGAUUUCUUGAUAUUGUUACAGGUUGGCCUGGAGGCAUGACAGUUUCCAGGGUAUUGAAGUGUACUGGUUUUUCCAAACUCUGUGAGGGUGGAGAGCGGUUAAAUGGAGGUGUAAGAACUUUACUUGGAGGAGAGGACAUUAGGGAGUUUAUAGUUGGUGGAGUUGGCUACCCUCUUCUUCCAUGGCUCAUAACCCCCUAUGAUAGUAAUGGCCUCUCGGCUUCCAUGUCCACGUUCAAUGCCUUGCAUGAGGCCGCAAGGUUGCUUGCAGUGAGGGCAUUCUCACGGGUAAAGGGUAGUUGGAGAAUCCUUAACAAGGUUAUGUGGAGGCCAGAUAAGCGGAAACUGCCUAGCAUUAUCCUAGUAUGUUGUUUACUACACAAUAUUGUGAUUGACUGUGGAGAUAAUUUACUUCCAGAUGUUGCUUUGUCUGGUCAUCAUGACCCUGGAUAUGGAGAACAGUACUGUAAGCAAGUUGAUCCAUUGGGGAGGACUAUGAGAGACAACCUAGCCAAAUUCUUCCAUCAGGGCAAAGAAAAAGCUGUGUCAAAGUAAUCUAAUUCUAUUCUUUAUUUACAGCACUAAUACUGCUUUCUGUGUUGUUGUAGCCUAGAUUGAAGUUCAACCUCUUUAAACGGGUGUCAUGUGCAUUUUGUUGUUGAAAUUAAGAUUAUAAAAACAGUUUAUUCUUUGAAGUGCC